ACUACACAAAUUCAGAAUUCCCUUCUUCCAAGGAAAUCCAUGAAAAUAGCGAACACUUAAAAAAAACACCCAAACAAAUAAAUACUUCGUCGUCAACGAUGAACAUAUAUAAGUCGGAAAAUUCCAUCUUCACCGAUCACUCUCUCUGAAACUUCUCUAAUACGUCUUCAAUUCUUCAACUUCCACUCUAAUGGAGAAAGGUAAAUCUCCGGCGACCGCCAUUGCAGCUUCUUUCCAAAACCUCGCGCUUAAUUCCUCCUCCGAGAAAUCUAGUAGUACAACUUCAUCUACACCUUCUAAAUUUCGCUUCCCGCUUGAAAGAACUAAGCCUCCAAGUUUGGUCAGCUUAAGUGUUGCUGUCAUUGGGAAGCAUUUGGAGGAUCUUAUUCCAGAGUUGGGCGAGAUUGCCACUGCGUUUCCAGCACAUAUAAAGAUGGCAAUUGCUGCAAUUGCUAGGAGAAAAAAGCUUUUGAAUGAUGAAGUAAUCAUCUCUCUCGCUGAUGGCAUCUGGCAAAUCCUUGACAUUUCUUGUUCAGAUAUCUCAGAUUUUGGUCUUGCAAAAGUGGCAGAGACGUGUAAAAAUCUACGUGCAGUGGAUAUCAGCCAAUGCAGCAGAGUUACACCUAACGGUGUCUUUCAACUGGUGCAGCACUGUCAUUCUUUGGAGAUAUUGAGAUGUGGAGGCUGUCCUCGGAGUGAUUACACUGCAAGAAGAUGCUUGGGUUUGUUUAAACCAGAGUUGAACAAUUUAGAAGGAGAUUCAUGGGAAGAACUUGAUACAGCAGAGAUCACUCAUGGUGGACAAUCCUUGCGGUGGCUUGUGUGGCCGGAUAUCGAUCCUGAAUGUUUGGAGAAUUUCUCCUCUGAAUGCCCUCGUGUCAAGGUAAACCCACAACAUUCACCUUUUGGCUACAAGGGAGUUGCCGUUCCUAAAGGAGCAUGGCCGGAUACAAUUUUGGAUGAUCACAUAGUUGAAGAUAUUGACCCCAGUACAUGGGCAUCGUGUAGACCUAUAACAAGGAUUCUACCAGUAGUUACUAGUCCAGAAGUAGUUACUAGUCCAGAAGAGUUGUCCAUGGCUGAGAAAUUUAGGCUAGCAUUUGUAGAGCGAGAUACGAGGCUAGCCCCUAAACGAGCCAAGAAUGUGAGACAACAUCAGCGUCGUGCAGAGAGAGAGUGGAUGAUGAGUGCGGAAGCUAAAGCUGUGGUUCUUGCUUCACAAGCAAACAAAUCAUUACGUGGUAGAAACUGACAUUGUAGUUCUGCUUAGUGGCUAUGCUUAUUCCCCCUUCCCCUUUCAGCCGCUUCUGUUGUGUUUUGCUGUUUUUUCUUGUUCAAUUGUAUAAUAUUAUUGAAGAACAGAAUGUGGGGGAGAUUAUAUCUGUCGAAUUUGUUCUAUCGUCAUAGUAAUGGACUUGUACAGAGGAGUUCAUAGCUGGGGAAAGAUUUGUGUUGUCAGAAUACCACAUAUGAAUAUGCAGAUGAGACCACAAAGUUCAUAAACCAUCUUCCUUCGUUACAUAUUAUGUAUAAAGCUUUGACUUUCUACACGAUUCACAAAUUUCAUUUUGACUAUCGUUUGUAAUUUAUACGUGAAUAAAAAUUUAGUUAUGUAAAAUUUUGUUA